CCUCGAUUUGUUUCGGAAAAAAUGAGACCUAGCUAAGCCUCCUUUGAUCUUCAUUCAACAUGGGAGAUUACAACGAUGCCUUCAUGCGCAACCAAAACGCCGCCGCCGUUCAGGCCCGCGUUAAACCCCCUCAGAAUCGCGCCAAUAUUCAACAGCUCAAGCUGAUUGGGCAAAGUCAUCCUACUGGUUUAACAGCCAAUCUUUUGAAGCUCUUUGAACCACGACCUCCGUUGGAGUUUAAACCACCCCCUGAGAAGAGAAAAUGCCCUCCAUACACAGGGAUGGCACAGUUCGUAAGUCACUUCGCCGAGCCAGGAGAUCCUGAGUAUGCCCCGCCUGUUCAGGAAGCAGAAACACAUGCACAACGAAGAGCAAGAAUUCAUAAGUUGCGACUAGAGAAGGGUAUGGAGAAGGCUGCUGAGGAGUUAAAAAACUAUGAUCCAAAUAGCGACCCCAACAUUUCAGGUGAUCCAUACAAGACAUUGUUUGUUGCUAGACUUAAUUAUGAGACAUCCGAGAGUAGAAUUAAAAGGGAGUUUGAGUCUUAUGGACCAAUUAAGCGGGUUCGGCUGGUUACUGGUAAAUCUACAAAUAAACCAAGAGGCUAUGCUUUCAUUGAGUACAUGCAUACUCGAGACAUGAAAGCUGCUUAUAAACAAGCUGAUGGGAGGAAGAUUGAUGGAAAAAGGGUCCUUGUGGAUGUUGAGCGUGGUAGGACAGUCCCAAAUUGGCGCCCUCGGAGGCUAGGUGGUGGACUUGGAACAACCAGGAUUGGAGGUGAAGAUGUUACUCAAAGGGAACAAGUUCAAUCAGGACCAUCUCGUUCCGAGGAGCCAAGGAUUCGAGAGGAUCCACCUGGUGACCGUGAAAGGGAAAAAUCCCGUGAUAGAGGAAGGGAACGGGAGAGGGAUCGUGAAAAGUCUCGCGAGCGCUCCCAUGACAGACCAAGGGGUCGGGAUAGAGAGGAUAGACAUCACAAAGAUAGUGAAAGAACUAGAGACAGAGAUAGGGAAAGAGAGAGAGACCGUGGUCGUGAUCGCGACCGAGCACGUGAACGUGGCCGGGAUCGUGGUCGUGACUAUGAGCGUGAUAGAGAAAGAGAUCGUGAGAGGGAUACGGACAGGGAUUAUGAUGUCGGCAACUACGAUCGUGACCGCGGGCGUUCCAAGGAUAGAGAUAGGGAUAGGGAAUCUGAUUAUGACCGUGUUGAGUCCAAACAUGAGAGAGACAGGCACAGCGAGAGGGACUUUGUUCAUGGUGAGCCAGAUGAGGAUCACGGAUGGUAUGAACAGCAUGAUCAUGGGCAUAGGCGUUCAGACGAAGAUAACCAACACUACUAUGAUCAUCAACGAGGUAGAGGAGAAUAUGAUUUGGAUGCACAUGGUGAUCGUUAUGAUCAAUAUGACCGUGACCGUGAUCGUUAUGAUGGGAUGGAAGAAGAUGAUUACAGGUGAUUUCGAUCAUAAGACAAUCAGGUUCUUGAAAUUGAGCCACUGCUUUCUCUGCAAUUGCACCUGGUUUAGUUUAGUUUAGUUCCCAAAGGAACUGUUUCCAAUCUGCUUUCAGGAGUGUUUCCUUUGGAGUUGGAACCUUCUAAGCGUAUUUUUGUUUUUAUUUUAAAGUUUUCUCAAGACUUUAUUUGUUGGUUUAAGCUAUAUGCGACUGUCCUACAUUGUGUUUGCAUCCUUUUGCUGAAGAUACUUUAAUUGGGCAAUAUAAUGUUAUUGUAUUGCUGUCGUUUUGUUCAAUGUGCUCUUAUGUUGGGUAAC